GUUUCUUCUUAGUCUUUUCACACAUAUACACACGUACCUCUAUACAACAAGACUAGUAGUACUUUGAGAAGUCGAACAAAGAAACCAUUCCGAAUUCCGAUACGACCUUCAACCAUUCACCUCCUCGUAGUAUUCCAUUCGACUCAGAUUUCCAUCAAAAUGUACGCUUCGACGUUAUUGGUAUCAUUACUCGGUGCUUCGACCGUUAUUGCAGCUCCAACAUGGCCGACGACCAACUGGGAUGCCGCUUCGCCUGAGGGCCUCAAAACCGUAUCGGAAUAUUUCAACAUGCUAGCAGAGAAGGUCCAAGUAGGAAGGUUUAUGUCAGCGGCACCGGUCUGUGAUCUUUCAAUGGCUCAAAUGGAUACAGCUCCUGUACCAUUAGAGGCUCCCUCUUCUGGGUUGAUAUUGAAGCAUGUGGCUAUAGGCCGUGGGACGCAGAACUACACGUGCGACGUGAACAAUGCCACAGCACCCCCUACUCAAGCGGGGGCCGUCGCUACUCUUUUCAAUGCAAGCUGUGUAGCCGCUACGUAUCCGGACCUACUCAAACUCCUACCGAAGCUCGCGUUGCAAUUUGAUCUCACCCCACUGGAGGACGUGCAUAUGGGCCCCACGAACUUAAUCAUCUCCGGCAAGCAUUUCUUCCCCAACAGCACGACGCCGUUCUUCAACCUCGACACGAACCAGUACCAUCUUGGCGAGGCGGGAUGCGAGAAGAAUAACCAGACGGCGGCGCCUGCUGAUGCACCAACGGGUCGACAAGGUGAGAAGGCUGUUCCCUGGCUGAGGCUCAAGACCCGAACGGGCGCUACGGGUAACUUGCAGGAAGUCUACCGAGUAGAGACAGCUGGUGGUAGUGCACCGGCGACGUGCGCGGGUCAACCUGCUUCAUUUGAGGUGCAAUAUGCAGCACAAUAUUGGUUUUAUGAGGGCACCUCUUAAGUGAAUUGAGCAAGCUUGCCAUUUCCAAAAGAAGUAAAAUUUAAAACCACUCAAAAAGGGAAGGGGACACGGGGUAUACUGUAUGUAAUAAGGGGGGUAGGCAUGAUAUGGGUUUCCUCGCCUGUACUCAUCCACCACGGGGAAUGUGUGACAGACCUCCCAUCUGGUCGAGGCACAGUACACCUCCAUCUUCCCCAGGGCGUUCAGGGCAGACACGAUAUCCAGCGAGUCACGCACGCGGCAUUGGAAACUACGAGGCGACGAAGGAGAGAGGCAUAAAUGUCUCCUUUUUUUCAUGAUUUAUACCAUUUUUUUAUUUUUAUUUUUAUAUCUCUUACAUAGUAUUAGCGAUUCAUCUUAUAAUACUUUUAUAAAGACAGGUGCCUACUCCGUAUAUUAGGUGCCUGGUGGUUUCUUCUCAUCUGAUUUCAUCUUUCUUUGAUGUUUGGCGCACACACCUAAGCAAUCGUGAUUGUACCAAUAAAUCCUCCACGCCUACGUCCAUCUAUCUACAUACCUACUUACGCGAUAGGUACGUAGGGAGUAUCAAACAUACCAAUAUCAUACAUGAUAGUACAUCUCUUGUAGGCCCCCGUCCGAUCCGACGUUCACUUUAAG